UUUUCAAUAAUACAUAUUACAAAAUCUCAAAUGUUGACAUUUCCAAGUUUUUCGUUCUUAACGUGACACAUCCGCAUUUUGUUCCAGUGUAUUUAUUACCAGAUUUGACUUUUGUAAUUAAAGCCACAUGGCUGUUCUCUGGAGUUUUACAACAUUCGCCACUCUUGCAAUAUAUUUUACGGCACACUUCGCUCUUGCCGCACCGCCACCUAAGGCCCCCAACCCUUUGCUCCCUGACUUUAACUGGGGACCAAUGGGAUUUUGCGCGUAUGGAAAUAAUGCUCUGUGUGGUCCCAGUGACAAGGCAGGCUUCUUCAAGAACCAACAGGGCGGUUUUUGGGUCUACUGCUGCCCAGGCUACUACUGUUAUCCCGAUGAUAAAACAGUCAAAAGAAACCACAUGGGGCCGGACUUCCACUGCGUGCCGUCAGGCACACAGAAAGAAAUUGCAAAACCUACAAGACCUACAAGACCUACAAGACGACCAAGGAACUGACGGUACGGAGGCGUGUGUCUUGGAAUGGAAAUUACCUACCCAGUGUAACGCGCGAAAUGUUUAAAAAUCUGUCAAUGAAUUAUAUUCCAUCA